UGUUAUCAUGGCGGCUAAGUCAAAAUGGUUUGUGUUAUGUCAGUUUUUGUUUUGUGUAUUUUUAUGCUGUGAGUCAUUAUACCAAGGCUUUGGACAUUAUAAACGUCAUCAAAUAAGACAGAACGACAAUACUUCUUACGAUUACAAGACAGCAUACUUCGAACAGAAGGUUGACCAUUAUGGAUUUGCCAAUGAUGAUACAUAUAAGCAGAGAUACCUAAUAGCUGACCAGUUUUGGGACAAAAAUGGCGGACCAAUAUUUUUUUACACUGGCAAUGAGGGAGACAUUACCUGGUUCUGUAACAAUACUGGAUUUAUGUGGGAGCUGGCACCGAAAUUGAAGGCCCUGCUGGUUUUUGCUGAGCAUAGAUACUACGGUACCUCCCUGCCUUAUGGUCCUGAUGCUGUCAAGGAUCCUAAGAAAUUACAGUACCUGACAUCUGAGCAGGCAUUGGCUGACUUUGCAAUACUGAUCCAAGAGUUGAAGGCAAAUGAACCAGGGGCUCAGUCCAGUAAGGUGAUAGCCUUUGGAGGAUCAUAUGGGGGAAUGCUGGCUGCCUGGCUCAGGAUCAAAUACCCCAAUGUUGUAGAUGGAUCGCUGGCUGCCUCGGCCCCUAUCUGGAGUUUUAUAGGUCAGAUUCCUUGUGAGGCACAGCUUCAGGUUGUCACCAAUUCCUUCAAGAGGGAAUCUCAGACAUGUAUCAAAAACAUCAGGAAGUCAUGGGGUAUCAUCAACACAAUGGGGGCUACAGACUCUGGGAGGGCACGCCUUUCCACCUCAUUUGAUUUAUGUGCACUAUUGAACACGAGUGCGGAUACAGAUGCCCUGAAGUCAUGGCUAGUGGAUAUCAUGUUUAACCUGGCAAUGGUAGACUAUCCUUAUCCUGCCUCCUUCCUGGAGCCACUACCUGGCUGGCCUAUCAAGGCUGUGUGUAAACCUCUAUCCACUGAAGUUAUGGAUGGUGUGCCCCUGAUACAAGCUCUGUCAUCAGCCGUCAAGGUGUACUACAACUACACCGGUCAGGCCAAGUGUCUGAAUGUCAAUCAGAAUGCUGUGGGUAGUCUGGGCGAUCAACUCUGGGGCUACCAGGCCUGUACUGAGAUGGUGAUGCCUUCCUGUUCCAACGGUGUCACAGACAUGUUUGAGCCUACUACAUACAACUUCAGCCUGGUCUCUGAUGCAUGCUUCAAGCAGUUCAAAAUCCGACCAAGGAAGUCUUGGGUCAUAACUGAGUAUCUCGGGAAAAAUCUCAAAACUGCCAGUAACAUAAUAUUCAGUAAUGGUCUGCUUGACCCCUGGUCAUCUGGUGGUGUCUUAAAGUCUAUGUCAUCCAGUCUGCCCGUAAUCAUCAUUCCCAAUGGAGCUCACCAUGUAGACCUUCGCAGCUCCAACCCUGGCGACACUCCGGACAUCACCAAGGCCAGACAGACAGAGGAGUACAUUAUUCAAAGAUGGGUCAAGGGAGACAACUCAUAAGAUCGCUAGGAUGAUAGUGCAUACUUUUGGAAUUUGUGAAUUUUAUGCAGAAUCAAAUUUAUUAUUUUGAUACCAAAAAAAUGAGAAAAAAUGAAUAUCACUCAUUCCAGAUAAAUAGCAUUUACACUUAGGUUUUUGUGUAUUUGACCGGUUUUUAGUAAACUUAGAUGAUUAGAACAAUUCAUUAAGGGAUACAUCAUAUUCCUGAAAAAAUUAUAAGGGGAAAACAUACCCUAUUUUGCUAACCUCUGUAUUGUUUUUUUCCUGGGGGACAAUGCCAAUGUAGAUGAUUACUGUGAUAUCCUGGAAACCCUCCUUCCCCAAGUGAUAUGUCAUAACCUGUAAGUACCCCUUGUUCCCCCCUCAUCCCUUAUACAUAUAUCAUUUUAUUCAUACUUACCACAUAUAGAAUCUUUUCUUGUGAUGGCUGCUUGGUGAAAGUUUCAAAGAUCUGUCCUCGUAACUAACAAAUCCAUUCAUGAAGUGUUCCUAAAAUGUGGAUAUUAAAACUAGUCAUCUCUGAAAACAAAUGAGUACUCCGAGUUUAGUUGAGAAACAUGAUGGUCUAGACAUUCAAUAAUCUUGAUAUUGAAUGUAGACAUCUGAUAGUACAGAUCAGUGACAAAAUGACUGUGAUAUAGAGUUAACCAAUAGUUAGAUGUAAUCAAUAGACUUUUACAUGUAUGCGUAACUUUAUGCUCUUUUGUUUUGUUUAGAAAGCUGACUUUGAUUAAGGAUAUGGAGAUUAUCAUUUAGUGUGUUUUAUAUACAACCUUGCAUUUAUGCAAGAUCUUUAUCUUUUAUAUACAUGUCAUGUCAGAAAAGUUAAAUCUAUCAAGGUAUUAAAUGAGUACAGUUAGUAGUGAUAUACAGAUGAUAAUAGCAGCGAUCAAUCUAUAAUUCAUUUUUAUGAGUUCCACAAUGUUAAAUUUUGGUAUCACCCCGGUACAGUAUUCAGAAAUUCUGUGAAUCCCAUCAAAAUUCUAAAUAAAGUACAGGACUCGCAUGUAGAUUUAUCACUGGGUUGGCCUGUAAUUGUGUGACUACAAAUGUUCCACUGUGCAGGUUGUACCUGCCAAUUGUACUCUCCAUUAAUCUGACACUUUGAACUGAUGACUUUUAUACAAAGCUAGUCAUUCAAUGGCUGUGACUAACCUGUGGGCUAGUGUAAAUUUGUAGAUCUGAAUGAUAUUUAUUAUUUAUGUCCAAGGGUUUUUUUAUCUGCUAAGGUAAUUUUAUUCAUUAAUAUAGAACUUUGAAACAUGU